AUGGUCGCUGCGGAGAGUGGUGGCGUCCGGGAGCCAGUGCAAGCAGCUCUGGACCGGCCCGUUUCGGAGCGGAUUCGCGGUACGGUCCGCAGCGGACCAAUGCUCAGCCACUACUUCAUCGCCGAUGAAUCAGUAUGUGAUACUUACUACCUGAGCAUAAACAAAGCAGAUAGUGGCUUCGCUUGUGACGCAAGUAAGAAGCAUGGAACAAGGACUCCUACAGCUACAGCUCGCAAGGCUGAACACCACCUCCAUAACCCGAUGGGACGAGAAAUCAUGAGUAUCAAGAUCAGCAGUGGAACAGUCCUUGUCAAAGCGGAGAUAUUACCUCACCGACCAGACCGGAGAUAUAUGCGUCUGCAGCUGAAAGGCGCAACGUGUAGGAAUGGGGCAACGGGAGCGAUAAGCGUAACGGCUGACGAACUGUGGGCCGCAAGCUCAUGUGCAUCGACAGGCGUAGCUGAGAGGCCGCCACUCUCGCCAUCGCGACAGUGGCUGCAUCGCGAACCACAUAGCACUCGUUGCAAGUCCCGUGCCGUGUCUCUUGGCGAGCUGUGCGGACCAACGGCAUAG